AGCGGCUGCAGCAGCGGUUCGGGUCCGGGCUGAGUAUGGCCGCUGCCCGGGGGAGCUGGGAGGAGGAGGAGGCGGCCGCCGAUGUCAGUGGGGAAGAGGAGGAGAAUAUCCUCUACGACCUGCUCAUCAACACCGAGUGGCCGCCGGAGACCGAGGUGCAGCCAAGAGGCAACAAAAAACAUGGUGCAUCUUUUAUCAUCACUAGAGCAAUUACAGGUCCUGCAUUAUUUUUGCUUCAGUAUAUCUGGUACAGUCCUGCAAAGUUUUCCCUCCCUGCUGGGCUUGUUCGUCUGGUUAGCAAGCAGAUCAACUGGCAUCUAGUGCUUUCAAGUAAUGGGAAGCUGUUGGCAGUUGUUCAGGACCAGUGUGUAGAAAUCAGGUCUGCAAAAGAUGACUUUGGAUCCAUUGUUGGAAAAUGUCAAGUGCCGAGGGAUCCUAACACACAGUGGAGACGAGUGGCAUGGAGUCAUGACUGCACACUGCUUGCCUAUGCUGAAAGCACUGGAACUGUGAGAGUAUUUGACCUGAUGGGCAGUGAGCUCUUUGUCAUUUCUCCGGCAACCAGUUUUCCAGGAGAUUUGAGCUACGCAGUUGCUGGAUUGAUCUUUGUAGAAUAUAAAGCAAGUGCCCAGUGGUCAGCUGAACUGCUAGUCAUCAAUUAUCGUGGAGAACUGAAAAGUUACCUUGUAAGUGUUGGAACAAACCAAAGCUUCCAAGAGAGUCAUAGUUUCAACUUCAGCAGCCAUUAUGCCCAUGGAAUAACUACAGUGGUUUAUCACCUUAGGCACAGGCUUUUGCUUGUGGGUGGCUGUGAAACAGAUGAAGAUGGAGUAUCUAAAGCAACUAGUCGUGGAAUAUCUGCUUGGAGAGUUCUUUCCGGAUCCCCCCAUUAUAAACAGGUCACUAGUUAUGAAGAUGAUACUGGGACAGCAAAGAGAAGCGGAUUAUUAAGGAUUAUGAAUUUCAGAUUUUACAGCAAAAAAGGAACAGAACAGGAUGGAGUUUUCAAGAUGAGCCUUUCUCCUGAUGGAACUCUUCUGGCAGCUAUUCAUUUCUCAGGAAAACUGACCAUGUGGGGAAUCCCGUCUCUCAAACAACAAGGAGAAUGGGAUCAGAGUGACCAGCCAGGUUAUGAUGAGAUCAAUCCAGAUUGGAGGCUUUCUUCUGAAAAAAGGAAGAAAAUAAAAGAUAAAGAAUCGUAUUAUUCACUAAUGGAUGUAAAUUGGUGGGCAGAAAAUGCUGUGAUCUUGGCUCGCUGCUCUGGAGCUUUGACUGUGUCAUCUGUGAAAACAUUAAAAAACUUACUGGGGAAAUCAUGUGAAUGGUUUGAAAGUUGCCCUCAGGUCACUUCUGCUCAUGAUGGAGGAUUUCUAAGCCUGGAGUGCGAGAUAAAACUGGCUCCAAAGAGAUUACGCUUGGAGAGCAGGCCUGGUGAGGAAGAUGAAGGAGAAGAUGACUCUGACUCAGAUGAUGUAACUUCUGCCAAGGCCAGAUAUUUCAGUUACCUGAAGCAAGGCCUGUAUUUUGUGACAGAAAUGGAACGAUUUGCUCCUCCACGGAAACGUUCACGCACUAUUACAAAGAAUUACCGCCUUGUGAGUUUAAGAUCUACAACUCCAGAGGAGCUUUACCAGAGAAAGAUUGAUAAUGAAGAAUAUGGUGAAGCUUUAUCUUUGGCUCAAGCAUAUGGUCUAGAUUCUGAUCUUGUAUAUCAAAGACAAUGGAGGAAAUCAACUGUUAACAUUGCUUCUAUUCAAGACUACCUGAGUAAAAUUAAGAAGCGGUCCUGGGUUCUUCAUGAAUGCCUGGAAAGAGUUCCUGAGAACGUGGACGCUGCCAAAGAGUUGCUGCAGUAUGGUUUAAAAGGGACAGACUUGGAGGCUCUCAUAGCUAUUGGAAAAGGAGAAGAUGAUGGCAGAUUUAUCUUAUCAGGAGAGGUGGACAUUGAUGAAAUCCCCUAUGAACAAUUUUUGUCACCUGGUGAAGAGGCAGAAAAUAGAAAGGAAAGGGAGGCUAGGAAGCAUCAAGAACUGCUUCUAUCAGUGAACUUCUCAAAACUAACACUGGAACAAAAGGAACUUUGUCGAAGCAGACUGAAAUUAUUAAGUUAUUUAGAUAGACUUGCAACUUAUGAGGAAAUCCUUGGAGGGCCUCAUGCAGCUGAGCAGAGAUAUGAUGCUGAAUUCUUCAAGAAGUUCCGAAAUCAGAAUAUUGUACUUUCAGCAAGAACUUAUGCUCGGGAAAGCAAUGUGAGAGCCCUAGAGAUCUUGUUUACAUACCAUGGCUCAGACCUGCUUCCACAUCGGCUGGCAAUUCUCUCUAAUUUUCCAGAGACUACUUCACCACAUGAGUAUUCCUUUUUACUGCCUGAAGCUUGUUGUAGGCGCGAUGUGUUGAUGAUUCUUCCCUGGAAUGAACAGAAGCAUCGGGAAGAGGACUGGUGUGAAAAUCCACAGUGCAAAAUGAUAUUUGAACCAGUUCUUCAAGAUGAAGAUGAAUUCUUGUACGAAGCACACCCUGAGUUAUUAAAGUACAGAACUACUAAGCUUUCGAUAGACCUGGUUUCUGACUGGUAUUGGAAUAGGGCACAGGAGAUUGAGAACUAUGCUAUGCAGGUGGACUGUGCUCUGUCCCUGGUUAGACUUGGCAUGGAGAGGAAGAUUCCUGGUCUGCAGGUGCUUUGUGAUAACCUGGUUACUCUGGAGAUGCUGAUUUAUGAGACUGGAUGUGAUCUAACCCUAACCUUGAAAGAUCUGCAGGAGAUGAAAGAUAGUGAAAAACUAAGACUGUUAAUGAUGAAUAAGUUUGUAAUGUUCUUUUUCUGUUUGUUUAGGUGCUGUUUACAACUUAUUGUUGACUGUCCCAGUGCUAUCCAAGAUGAGCUAGAUCUCAUUCGUGCGCUUAGUUAUCUUGAAGAAUUUGGUCUGACAAUCUUGCCAUUACAAGUGCGUUUGUGUUCUGAUCGACUCAGCCUCAUCAAGGACUGUAUUGCUCAGUUGCCCACAAACUACAAACUGUCUGCCAAACUCCUGGGACUUGCAGAUUUACUGAGAGUUGCAGGAGAUGACCAGACAGAGAGAAAAGGCCAGGUUUUGAUCCUUUUAGUGGAACAAGCUCUCCAUUUCCAGGACUACAAAGCUGCUAGUAUGCACUGCCAAGAGCUUAUAGCCACAGGCUAUUCUAAAAGUUGGGAGGUAUGCAGCCAAUUAGGGCAAUCAGAAGGCUACCAUGACUUGCGUACUCGGCAGGAGCUCAUGGCUUUUGCUCUGACACAUUGCCCUCCAGGUGCCAUAGAGUCACUGUUGGCAGCAAACAGUUCUUUGCAGACUCAGAUUCUUUAUCAAGCAGUGAAUUACCAGUUACGCCCUUCAGAAGGAGAGGAGAAUAUAAAUAUCACAGGACCUUCUUCACUGAUCGCUAAGGAGACUCCUCAGGAAGAAAUCAGCAUCCCUUCUAGCCAGUCUGCUGACUUGUUGUAUUGGACCACCGCUAAAACCAUGAAAGUUCUGUCUAAUACAACUACAACGACAAAAGCCAUGCUGCAUGCAGUCAGUGAUGGACAAUGGUGGAAGAGGUCAUUAACUUAUCUUCGGCCAUUACAUGGCCAAGAAUUUGAAGAUGUAUUAAAAAGCAGUUCUGGAACCAAUGCUGCAGCGGAAAAGCAGAGCUGUCAUCCCUUUUAUGAAUCUCUCAUAGCUGAUUCCUAUGUUACAGAAUCUGAAGUAGCCUAUACUGGAUUCCAACACAAUUCUUCAGAAAGUUUUGCAGAAGUAUUGCUGAGAACAGGAAAAUUAGCAGAAACUAAAAGUGAAGGAGAGGACCUAUUUCCAGCUACAGAAGUUCUGUUACAACUGGCUAGUGAUGCUUUACCAAAUGAUAUGACCUUAUCCCUUGCCUACCUACUUGCAUUACCACAGGUGGUAGAUGCCAACAAGUGCUUUGAAAAGCAAUCACAUUCUGCUUUAUCUCUCCAGCUGGCAAGUUAUUACUAUAGCCUGCAGAUCUAUGCUCAUUUGGCACCAUGUUUCAAGGACAAAUGCCACCCCCUCUACAGGGCUGACCCAAAAGAGCUGAUUAAGAUGGUCACAAAGCACGUUUCUCAGUGUGGCUAUGCAGACUGGCCUGAAGAAAUAGCAACUUUGAUUAAGCAGUUGUACUACUAUAAUGAACGACUACUGGACUUCACUCAGGCUCAAAUCCUUCAAGGCCUUGGCAAAGGAGUGGAUGUGCAGAGGUUUACAGCAGAUGGCCAGUACAAGAGGGAAACAAUACUGGGGUUGGCGGAAACACUUGAAGAAAAUGUGUACAACAUCGCUCUUUCCUUGGCUCAACGUUACAGUGUUCCACUUUGGGAAGUUUAUAUGACACAUCUUGAGUUUUUGUUCACUGAUAGUGGCUUAUCUGCUGGAGAAAUAGAAGACAGAGCACAAAGUCUUGGUCUCUUUGAGACUUUGAAAACCAACCCUGAAGCCCUACAUGAACACAUGGCCAAAUAUGUUUACCCGGGUAUUGAAGGCACAGAUCACAAGCAGUUGCUUUAUUAUUUUACUCUCCUUGAAAACUGCGGUUGUUCCGAAUUUGUAAAGCAUGCUAUCAAACCUGAAACUCACAUACGGCUGCUGAAAAAAUUCAAGGCUGUUGCACCAGAUCUCAAUUACAAAAAACUAACAGAUGAAAAUGUGAGCCCUCUGGGAGUAUUGCAGCCCAUCCUUACAAGUCAGAACAUCUUAUCCAUUUCCAAACUCGCUCCCAAAAUCCCUGAGAAAGAUGGUAGUAUCCUCUCUCCAAGCUCUGUUUACACCAUCUGGUUACAAAAACUCUUCUGGAAUGGUGAUAGCAAGCUCAUUAAAAAAGCACCAGAAACAAUACCAGAGUGGUUAAGUGCAUAUGAUACAUGUGCAAAGUACUUUGAUAGACUCUACCCAGGAGAUAUUGUCACUUUCAUUGAUGACAUUACCUUUUCUUCAAAGGCUGUCACCAAGCUGUCAGUAGAUGCCCGGCUAGAGAUGACUAAUAAGGCUAUUAAGGCAAUGCAACAGAUCAUUGAGAAAUCAAGAAAAAAGAACUCUGAAGAUGGCAUGGACAGUGCUGGAAGCACGCUUGUCACUUACGAGAAAGCUCUGAAUCAUCUGCAGCAGUCUCUUGCUCAUCUGGAAACGCUCAAUCAUAGGUUUAUCACUUGUCUGAAAAACAGUGACCAGGAAAUGCUACAGAAAUACGGCCACUUAUAUGAUUUAUCCAGGUCAGAGAAGGAAAAAAUCCAUGACCAGGCAGUAGCUAUGUGUAUAGAUGGUCAGCCUCUAGACAUGAUACAGCAGUUGUUGGAAGUGGCUGUCGGAGAUCUGGAACUCUCCCCCAGAGAGAUAGUACAAUGCGCUAUAAACCAAAUUGUGUUUGCAUUAAGUGGCAAUGGUGCUGAAUUUACUUCGAUAAAAGACCCGCUUCAAAUCCUAGAAGAGAUUGUUUCUGCAGUCCAUGCAAGUGCUGAAAAGGGGGAGAAUCUAGUUUCUUCAGAUGAUCUAUUGGAGUGGUUGAGACCUUUCUGUAGUGAUGACUCCUUGCCAGUGAAGCCCCGCAUUAAGGUGCUGCAGAUUAUGGAGCAAGCAUUUCAUCUCAGUGAUGAGGAUAGCAGGCUACUUGUGUUUUUCAGAACUCAAGCAGUUCUCAAAGCCUGUUGGCCUGAGACAAAGGUAGAGAUAAUUGAUAUUGAAAAUGAAGAAAAAAGAUAUUCUCUCUUCCUGGAACUCCUGCACUCUAGUAACAGUCAGUCUGAGUUUCAGCAUUUGGUUUUACUCCUGCAAGCUUGGCCACCUAUGAAAAGUGCAAGCAUUUUUUUUCUGGACAUUGGAGACAUUGAUGAUUCCAGCUGUGAUUCUGAAAUUCUUUCCUUGCUCCUGAAUGCGAAAUUAGUGGUAAAGUGCAUAUCCACUAUGUUCUAUCCUCACCUUAUCAACCACUUACUGGCCAACCAGGAAGAGGGACGUUGGGAUAUAGAGGAAAUAGCAAAAGAACUGCAGGAAGCAGGCUUCAGUGCAGAGGCAGGGUCUCUUAUGAUGUGUUACAAAGGGACUCAUCCUGCCCUCAGAACCUACAGUACUGCCCUCAGUGCUAUUCAGCAUUGGAUCUGAGUGGCAAAACAAACUGAAAUUCUUUUGACAAAACAGCUGCCUCAAUAAUGUGUUUGUUUCAAUUGCCUGCUUUUCAGAUGGAGAUCUUCUACAUGAGAGAUAAACUUUCUUCUAAUGAAAUUAUAUAUGUAGAGUUGAUCAUCGCUACUCAUGAUUUGUGGAAAAUGCUAACAGUAUACAUACAUUUACAUACUUUCAGUUAUUUUGAAACUUUUUACAAGUUCUAAAAGUAUCUCUCUCAAUAUAGAUAUAGUAAAUCUCUCAAACUGGUAAAAAAAACUUUGAAAUUGGCAAAAACAUUUGAAAUACAACCACUGUAAUAUGCAAAUUAUAAACUAGGAAAGUAACUUGUAAUGCUGCAGGGUUAUACAAUGUGUCACACAAUUCUUGUAAGUCAUUUACACCCUGGUCACAAUGUAAAACAAUAGUUAUCAAUAAAGGUGUUUAGAACAAUGUAUCAUCACCAUGAAGAGAAAUAACCAAUGAGAAGUUCUGAAAUCUUAAAAUUGGAAAUUUUUCAAUGUUGUUUUGGACAUAUUAUUACAAUAGUUUUAUUUGCAACAAGCAAAAUACAUUUCAUUUAUUAAACCUUUUCUUUUUUCCCU